AUGUCGGAAUCCAGCCCACUCCUUCGCCAAGAGUCGGAAGGAAAUCGUUCCCUGCAGGACCGAAUUGUCAACAUCUUCCGCGCUACCAACAGCUCGAGGGUCGAAUCCAGCGACGAUGUGUCUCGGAAUUCCCAGGGACUAGGAAUCGCCGAUACCAGUGAAUCGGAUGCGAGAACUAGCCUUCUAGAGUCGUACCAUCGUGCGGAUCCCAUAUGCGGUGAACGGCGCUGCAGCCAUGGGACUUUCUCUCCUCGGCCAGAUGGCGCACACAGAUCCCAAUAUCAUGAGGCCCUGAGCGAGCAGUUUGGAUACAAUAGUGAUGGAAACGUUGGUGCUGCAGCGUCCAGUCAUUCCCACGGUGGAGACGAACCCCCCGGGUCGCGUCCAGAUUCUGAAUACAUGUCCCAAAUGAAGUCGUCGGGGCUUUCGGUCCUCUCCAUGAACGAACAUAAGAAGCUGUACGCCUACUCCCAUAAAUACAUUUCUUAUUAUAUUCCCUUCCUGAAUUGGAUAAGACAAUAUAGAUGGUCAUUCCUUCGCGGAGACUUGAUAGCUGCACUCACAGUCUCUUCUAUCUACAUCCCAAUGGCCUUGUCUUUGGCUUCGAAUCUCGCCCAUGCGCCUCCCGUGAGCGGUCUCUAUUCCUUUGUCAUAAAUCCUUUGGUCUAUGCAAUCUUAGGAAGUUGUCCGCUCUUAGUGGUCGGACCUGAAGCAGCUGGCUCGCUGCUCACUGGUGCCAUCGUCAAGGCCAGUGUAGGGAAGGGGAACACUGGGGAAGAUGAUCUCAUGGAGAACGCCAUGGUCAUCGGCAUAUCUACCGCCAUGGCCGGCGCGAUGAUUCUGGUCGCAGGUAUCACUCGUCUAGGGUUUCUGGACAAUGUUCUCAGCCGGCCUUUCCUCCGAGGAUUCAUCACGGCCAUUGGUUUUGUGAUCUUCGUGGACCAGUUAAUCCCCGAACUAGGCCUUUCUGAAAUCGCGAGCGAGGUCGGGGUCAGCCAUGGCACCACAGUUGAAAAAUUAGCCUUCAUUGUCCGCAAUGCGCGAGAAUGUCAUGUCCUCACAGCAGUGAUUUCGCUCGUUAGCUUUGCUAUUAUUAUGUUUUUCCGAACGCUGAAAAAAUGGCUCAUGCCUCGGUUACCUCAAGUGAUCUACUUCCCAGAUCGUUUUCUGGUUGUUGUCCUCUCGGCAGUCUUGGCUUACAACCUCGACUGGGAAGAUCGUGGGCUUGAACUUCUUGGUCACACCGAAAUUAGCUCCAGCAAACUUUUUGCUUUCCAGUGGCCGUUCCGAUUGGCGAAUAUGAAGUACAUCCGAACGGCUAUGAGCAAGGCUUUCAUCAUUACCCUCUUGGGCUUCUUCGAGUCUUCCGUUGCAGCCAAAGGUCUAGGCGAUGAGAAGCCCGAUGGUAUCCAGGGCAUGCAUAUGAGUGCCAAUCGAGAAAUGGUAGCGCUGGGCGUUGCUAACUUUGUCGGCGGAUGCUUCAUGGCUCUUCCGGCAUUUGGUGGAUAUGGUCGCAGCAAGGUCAACUCCCAGACCGGUGCACGAUCUCCGAUGAGCAGUAUCUUUCUUAGUAUCAUUACUCUCAUCAGUAUUCUAGUGCUUCUGCCAUACCUUUACUAUCUUCCGAAAGCCGUUCUCUGCUCCAUGAUCUCCGUGGUUGCUUAUUCUCUCGUCGAAGAGUGUCCGCACGACUUGAUUUUCUUCCUUCGCCUCCGCGGCUGGUCCGAACUCAUCCUGAUGCUUCUCAUUUUCACCGCGACUAUCUUCUACUCGCUCGAGCUUGGCAUGGCCCUUGGCAUCGGACUUUCAGUCAUAAUUCUCAUCCGCCACUCGACUCAACCUCGCAUUCAAAUCAUGGGGAAAGUCCCCGGCACCGCAACCCGCUUUGAAAAUGCCGAGCUGCAACCCGAAAAUGUGGAGCUCAUUGAGGGAGCUUUGAUUGUGAAGAUCCCUGAGCCUCUCACUUUCGCCAAUACAGGUGACCUCAAAAACCGCCUGCGCCGCCUGGAGCUUUACGGCUCCAGCCGGACUCACCCAUCUCUACCUCGUAUGCGCCCUGCCGAACAUAACAAGAACAUCAUUUUCGAUGUGCACGGUGUGACUAGCAUCGACGGCUCGGGAACCCAGGUUCUGUGGGAGAUUGUGCACGCCUAUGUGGAGAGCGGCGUGCGAGUUUUCUUCUGCCGACUGCCGAACUCCAGUGUAUACCGCAUGUUUGAACGAAGCGGUAUUGUUGAGCAAUGUGGGGGUCUAACGCAUUUCGUGCCCAGCGUUGAUGAGGCACUACAGUUAGCGGAGACAGAAGGAGAGACGGGAAUUUAA